AUGUCCAUAUCGCAGUUGUGCCAACAGGACUCGGACAACGACAUCCACUCCAAACACGAUCUCGACCAGGAUCCCCUUGACCUCAACUCGGGUGACGAGUCUGAUUCUCACUACCAAUCCUACCGCCGUCAUCGCCAACAAGCCUUUUAUAACAACAACAAUGGCUACAGCGAAGCAUCCGAUAUGGAAGACAGCAACUAUCACCAACAUAAUCAUCACCAUGCUAUGACGGAUAACAGCAACCAGCCAGAUUCUGCUGAGCAGCUGGCUGCAGAGGCCCUUGGUGAUAUGGCCAAUGCCUCCCGUGCCGAUGCGACUUCACAAUCGGCCCCUGCUGGUCCCUUCAUGUCCCGCAUGACCAGCCUCCCCCUCGUUAACUCUGCUAUGAGUUCUGCCCUCAAGGCAUAUGAGAACACCAAGCAAAACAGCAAAGUCAUGAAGUAUGGUGCGGAGAUGGUAGAGUCGAGUGUCAAGUCCCUGUCAAAGCCGGUCUUUGAGAAACUCGAGCCGAAGCUUGGACAACUUGACGAUUUCGCGUGCCGCCAGCUCGAUAAGUUUGAAAAGGUCUACCCAAAAACAUCCGAUGCCCAGCCCUUUCCUUCGCCCACCGACUCGGCCAGAUCCUCCAAUGAUCUCCACCGCCCAGACUCGGGCUACAGCACCAACAACUACUUUGCCCACCGGUCACGCGGCGAUAGCAUCGACAGCACCUCCUCUGUUGCCAGCUCCCGUCCUAGCUUUGAUGUCCUCCGCUCCCGCAGCACCCGCCACGAAGAUGCAACGAUGAAGCACAGAUCCGAUGCUCAGCGGUCACACAACUCGUCGACAUCCUCAUUCCACUUCGCCACCUCACAAUCCUACCCAUACCAGCAGCAACAACAGCAGCAGCAGCAGCAACAGCAAGUCGGACCGCAGGGUGCCGCUGGUUCUCAGCAGCAGCUCUCUGGCUGGAAGGGAGUCGUGGCGUCCGUUGGUUCGGCAUCCGCCGCCGGUGUCGCCAUCUUUAGCGAGGAGAGCAUGAAGAGUUUGAAGUACUGCCUUCAAUGGCUCCAGUACGCCGUCCAGCACAUUGACCACCAGAUUGGCUUGCUCCGCGCCUUCCUCGCCUCCCUUGCUGGAUCUUCUCAAAACACUGAGAUCGUUCCCUCAACGGCAGCCUCCACCUUGGCAUCGAUCAAGAAAGAGGUCGUUGAGACCCUUCGCAAAGUCAUCAGCAUCGUCUCCCGGUAUGCUGGUGCCGCCCUUCCUGACCCCGCCAAGAUCAGCGUCCGUCAAUUUAUUCUCUCCAUGCCCGUCCGCUGGGCUACCUUGAACAACGAGUCGGUCCCCUCUACCCCUGUCGGAUCUCCCUCCUUGGGACCCGUUGACCGCUCUGCUGAUGACAUUGCCGCUCUCCAUGACACCUCUGAGCGCGCUGCCCGCGUCCUCGUCCUUGCCAACGAGUCCUCGGACAUGCUCCGCUCGGUUUCAUCCAUCUUCAAAGACUCUGUCGAUAAGGCCGAAAACUGGAUGGACAAGCUCCGCUAUGUUGGUAUGACCCCCCAGAACAGCGAUGGUCUGCCCAGCUGGGCCCCUACCGGCUUUCCUGGCGCCCCCGGUGGCGGUACCAUGCCUGGAGGAUUCCCUGGCUCUGGUCUUGAGCAGUACUCUCUUCGCCAGUCCCUGCCUCACCCUGCCAGCACCAACAACCACCACUCCCAUGGCUAUGCCACCCCUAAGGGAUCCCCCACGAGGAGUCUCAAGUCUUCCCCUCGCCUUGGAUCUCCCAAAUCCAACCACUACAACCGCCAUGCAUACCGCCAAACGAGCGUCAUGUCUGGCGACGAAGACUCUGCGUCCGAGUCUGAAGGCUCGCACAGCCCUCUUGGAGCCAUGGAUGACGACAGCUCGUUUGACGAGGAGGAUCUCUUCUCGCUCGGAACUGGCGCCACCAAUGGCCAUGGACCCAUGAAGCGCAGCAUGGGAUCCCUCACACACAACCAGGGCAAUGCUGUCCGCCGCCGCAAGAAGCGUGGCGAGAGCGCCGAGGUUGUGGCCGGCCUGGGACUUGCCGUUCCUGCCGGCAAUGGGCAUGCUGUUAAGCAGGAGCCCAUCUCAACUGUAAACUCAAUCCUAUUCGGCAUCGCAGUGGCCUAUGGAGCAUCCUACCUCACAGGAAUCGUCCACUUUGCCCACGACCUUGUGCACGACUUGGGUCUCCUCCAAGGCGAGAUCACCAGUCUCAACUCCCACGGGUUCCCUGCCGAUGUGGACCGAGUCUUUCACGGGAUGGACUUUUACGAGGACCCCACCACCCUUACUUCUGAGACGAAGAGUUUGGCGCUGACACUGUUCGUGAUUAACCACCGUCGGACUGGAAGUGUUGUUGAAGUGUUCGAGUACACCCGCAAGCAGGACGAAAAGGACGAUGGAAUUGGCCGCCGUCCAUGGAGCGAUGUGGUCUUUGUCUCUCCCGAGGCAACAUUUAUCGCGUACAACGGCAUCGCGUCCUCCAACGGUAUCACCGCCAACCCGAAUCGAACCCUCGUCUACGUCUCGGCUUUUCACGGUGGCGCCUUGGAUAUCUUCCAUCCCGGCUAUGCUGACACUUCAUCUCCAGAAAUGAAGAAAACAGUUGAGGACAAGAACCGCCUGAUAUUCGUAGAGUCCGUCAAACUGGGUUUCGUCAACGACAACGUCUUCUACGAUACGCUGACGAACUCACUCCUAGUCGCAGGGCACUCAAAGGUCCUUGAACUCGCCGCAGGAUUUAACGAGCCCGAGGGAGCACCCAUACAGAGUGCCUCAAAGGUGGUGCAAGUGACCAGGAACUGCGGUCAACAACAUCCAUUCCAGAGGUCGUCGGCGUCAUGGUUUUCAUUGUCGAGAGUCGGAGAUUGGCCAAAGGAUCGAUACCUUGUCAAGACGGUGUUGGAGGAUAGUGGGAGGGGUGUUGGUGGGAUCUCGACGGCGACGACUGCAGCAUUGUACAGGAGAAGGAAUAGUAUUGGUGGAGUAAAAGAAGGGGGGGAUGUGAUGUUGAUUGGAACGGGGUUCUCGGUGCAUGGGUUGUGGAGGUGUCCUGUUCCUGAGGGUGUUUGA